UUGCCCAUGGAAGCUGCCUCCUCCUGGGUGGCGCACAGAGUUCAGCACCUCGGAAAGCACUCCCUUCCUGCAUGGGGGAUUACGCAUGCUCUUUGGGGCUCUCUGCAGAGACUCAGUGGGUGCGAAUGUAACUCCUGUAACUCUGGAGAGAAUCUCGUCCAGGCAACAGCAAGAGCCGACAACCGUAUUGGGUAGAGAAGCGGCCGGAGAACUGUGCUCCUGGGCAGGAGGCUGUGUCUAAGUGACAACGGGGAAGCGGAGAGGUAAGACUCAGUCCUCACCAGGAGGAGCCUUGAUCCCGGCCCCUUGCCUGAAACUGCCCUCUUCUGCUCUAAACUGGUUAAGAAUUAACGCUGAGCUCAGCCAAAUCUUGAGCCCAAGGCGGUUCUGGGCGCGGACUCGGCUCAGCAUCCAGUUUCCAGGCGCAGCUUCAGGGGCUUCUUAGACAGCUCCAGAAUCCGCGCCCGCUUGGGUACCACACCCGGAGCGAGCGGUGUCUCUCCGAUAGUUGGCGGGCAGAACUUGACCCAGAGGCACCUGCGCAUGCAGGUGGUUUCUGCAACUACCGCAGCCACCAUGGGUAAGGCGGCUGCCGGUGAUGAGCUCUCAGAAUUCUUCAGUCUCAUCCCAGACUUGCUGGAGGUUGCCAACACGAGCAGCAACGCAUCGCUGCAGCUUCCGGACUUGUGGUGGGAGCUGGGGUUGGAGUUGCCAGACGGUGCAGCGCCGGGGCAUCCCCCUGGAAGCGGCGGGACAGAGAGCGCAGACACUGAGGCCCGGGUACGGAUCCUCAUCAGCGCGGUUUACUGGGUGGUUUGUGCUCUGGGACUGGCCGGCAACCUGCUGGUGCUCUACCUGAUGAAAAGCAAGCAGGCGUGGCGCAAAUCUUCCAUCAACCUCUUCGUCACUAACCUGGCCCUGACUGACUUUCAAUUCGUGCUCACUUUGCCCUUCUGGGCGGUGGAGAACGCUCUAGACUUCAAGUGGCCCUUCGGCAAAGCCAUGUGUAAGAUCGUGUCCAUGGUGACGUCCAUGAACAUGUACGCUAGCGUCUUCUUUCUCACUGCGAUGAGCGUGGCGCGCUACCACUCUGUGGCCUCAGCUUUGAAGAGCCAUCGGACCCGAGGGCAUGGCCGUGGCGACUGCUGUGGACAGAGCUUAAGGAACAGCUGCUGUUUCUCAGCCAAGGUGCUGUGUGGGUUGAUCUGGGCUUCUGCCGCGUUAGCCUCGCUGCCCAAUGUCAUUUUCUCUACCACCAUCAGGGUGAUGGGCGAGGAGCUGUGCCUCAUGCACUUCCCGGACAAGCUGCUGGGCUGGGACAGGCAGUUCUGGCUGGGUUUGUACCACCUGCAGAAGGUGUUGCUGGGCUUCCUGCUGCCGCUGAGUAUCAUCAGUCUGUGUUACCUGUUGCUGGUGCGCUUCAUCUCCGACCGCCGCGUAGUGGGGACGACCGAUGGCGGGGGAGCAGCAGCGACUGGAGGAGGCCUGAGUGCAGCCAGCGCUCGGAGACGGUCCAAGGUCACCAAGUCGGUGACCAUCGUAGUCCUGUCCUUCUUCCUGUGCUGGCUGCCCAACCAGGCGCUCACCACCUGGAGCAUCCUCAUCAAGUUCAACGCGGUGCCCUUCAGCCAGGAGUACUUUGUGUGCCAGGUGUACGCGUUCCCAGUCAGCGUGUGCCUAGCCCACUCCAAUAGCUGCCUCAACCCCAUCCUCUACUGCUUGGUGCGCCGCGAGUUCCGAAAGGCGCUCAAGAACCUGCUGUGGCGUAUCGCGUCCCCUUCGCUCACCAGCAUGCGUCCCUUCACUGCCUCCACCAAGCCAGAGCCGGAAGAUCACGGGCUGCAGGCCCUGGCGCCGCUUAACGCCUCUGCAGAACCUGACCUGCUCUACUAUCCACCCGGUGUGGUGGUCUACAGUGGGGGGCGCUACGACCUGCUGCCUAGCAGCUCAGCCUACUGAGACCUGCCGAGGCUCAAGAGGGCCUUCCAAGGAAGAGGAGAAGGGGAGAGCAGUUUAGGGGCUGGAGGAUCGAGAUAGGCAGGAAAGGCGUGCUCACGCGCGCGCGCAGGGAAGAGCAACCUGUGAAAAGCCAGAGGCCUGUCUCUGCAGAAAUCAGGUUAAGGGAGGAACGACUGCAACAGGGUAGAGCCUGCAGCCUUGGCUCUUGCUCCCCACUCACCCCUUCCUGUCCUUUACUCCAAGCUCCACUCCCCACCAUGCCCUCGGAACGUUCUGGAACACCCAGAAGCUGGGAUUGGCACUGGGAAGCAGAGGGAUUGGGUUGCAUAGGAGUUGGGCUUAACCAAAUGAUGUCCAGACAGGGGAUCAUUUGGCCCAGAGACUUUUAUGGAGAACUUUAUGGGACCUCAAGCAAAAUCCCGCAGGGAAAGUGGCCCGUAAAGCCUGUCUUAAUGCGCUUUGAUCUGUGGGACUGGCCCAAGCAAAGAUCUGACUUGCUAUGACUGUCUGGAAAAGAAAAAUGAGAACUAGAACCCUGGUAUCCUUUAUCAUCCUGGAGAGGGCUAAGGUGUACAUGCUGAGCCUGAUGUCCCUGCUAUGCCUCUGAGAGCACAGGAAUGUCUGUCUCUAGGAAUGUCACCGGGAGUCUCUAGGAAGUGACAUUGGGUGCAAGAAAGAGCACUGUGAUUAAGAAACCUUUCUGUGAUGCAGCCCCUGAUUGAAAGGAGGGACUAGGUAAGUGGGCGGGAAGAGUAGUGUCUCCACUGCAAGUCUGAGUACCCAGAAUCUCUUGGGGACAGUAUGAGUACCUGGGGCUUUGGUCUGUUGCUGGAGGUGAGGCAGCAAGCACCCUGAAAGCUCUCCUGAGAGAGGGGGUGCCAUGAGCAGCCCGCCUUAUUCUUUGGGAAUGGACUGACUGAGAUGAGAAACUGGAGUUGCCGAUAAACGGGUGGCUCAGUAUGUUUGGGGCUUAGAAGAGCCGAAAGUGCUGUCCAGCUGUUUUCUAGAGGCUAGGGUUUGUUUUUCCAAGAGGGAGGGAGGAUUCAAGUAAAUAAUCUAUCCUAAAGAGAAAGAAGAGGUGGUUCUUGAGAGCAUCGCAGAAUUGUCUGAGUGAAGCUAUGCACUGCUCCUGUAACUGACAGGAGACAGCAGGACUCAGAAUUUGGAUGGACUACCCUAACCAAGUUCCAGGUACCCUUGAGUGUUUUGCUCAUUGCAUAUGCAGGACAGCUACACACUGUCUCUGAGGAGUGAGCAGACGCCUCAUGCCAGCUCAGUUCUAGUCACAGUCUAAGAUCUUAAGAUCUUCACAGAGUCCUUUCUUGAGACUGCUCCGAGAACUGAGAUAUUAACCUACCCAUCCCUCAGCCAGGAUCAGUCGAGAGGCUGCUCUUCUCUUUGGCUUGGCCUGGGGUUUAGAGGCUGCUAAAGCAGGCACCUCCCACUGUGGUGUGGUCACUUUAACACAAUGAAGAACCAUUAGAAUAGCAUGGCUGCUUAAAUGGCCUCCUGAACUGUAGGGCUAUUUGGUAAUUUGGUCAAAAUUGCACUGUUCUAUUUGGGACUUUAAAGCUUGGAAUAUGGGAUCUACACGCCUGCCAUCAAAGCAACGCAGUCUGCGCUCAGAUACCUUCCCACAAAAAGAACAAAAUCAAAGCAGCUCCUGAGGUUUGGUUUCAAAGCAAGCACAUCAGUCCUCCUUUGCUCUUUGGCAUUAUUGACACUGGUAUUGACUGGCAACCGGGCUAACAACAGUUGGAACGUGAGCCCCUAAUGCUCUGUGCUGGGUAGUUGUAUGUCAAUUUGACACAAACUAAAAUUGUGUGAAAGGGGGGAACUUCAACUGCCUCCGUAAGAUCCAGCUGUAGGGUAUAUUUCUAAUUAGCGAUUGAUGGGGGAGGGCCCAGCCCAUUGUGGUUGAUGACAUCCCUGGGCUGGUGGUCUUGGGUUCCAUAAGAGAGCAGGCUGAACAAGC